GACAAAGUUUGAUUGAAGAUGCACGUAAGGAACGCGAGGCAGCGGCUGCAGCCGCGGCGGCUGAGGCGGCGGAUGCAAACGAACAAAUCGUGUUUGAAGAGGAUGACGGAAAAGCACUUCUGAUCUCUCUUCACUCUAAGAAUCUCCAAAACUCCGUCUCUGUCCCGCCUCACUGAAAGUUUUCGAGACAUUUGAAGCUAAGAUCCACCACCUGGAGACACGUCCUAGCAGGAAGCCCGGGAGAGCCUGGAGGGGCUGGAGUACUUUGUCCGCUGCGAGGUUCACUUGUCGGACGUCACCACUCUCAUCAGCUCCAUCAAGAGGAUUGCGGAAGACGUCAAAACCACCAAAGAGGUCAAAUUUCAUUGGUUCCCAAAGAAGAUCUCAGAGCUGGACAGAUGUCAUCACCUUGUUGCAAGUUUGACCCAGAUUUAGACCAGGAUCAUCCAGGCUACACCGACCUGGUCUACCGAGAGAGGAGGAAGAUGAUUGGAGACAUAGCCUUCACAUACAAACAUGGAGAUCCUAUUCCCAGGGUGGAGUACACUGAAGAGGAGAUUGGGACAUGGAGGGAGGUGUACUGCACCCUGAGGGAUCUGUAUACCUCCCACGCAUGCAGUGAACACCUGGAUGCCUUCCGCCUGCUGGAACAACAUUGUGGGUACAGCCCCGAUAACAUCCCUCAGCAGGAGGAUGUGUCGCGCUUCCUCAAAGAGCGCACCGGGUUCCAGCUGCGUCCAGUGGCGGGCCUCCUGUCCGCCAGAGACUUUCUGGCCAGUUUGGCGUUCCGCGUGUUCCAGUGCACACAGUACAUCCGGCACGCCUCCUCGCCCAUGCACUCCCCAGAGCCAGACUGUGUUCAUGAGCUCCUGGGCCACGUCCCAAUCCUCGCAGACCGGACCUUCGCACAGUUCUCCCAGAACAUUGGCCUUGCUUCGCUUGGGGCUUCCGAGGAAGACAUCGAGAAACUGUCUACGCUAUACUGGUUCACGGUGGAGUUUGGUCUGUGCAAACAGGGAGGUGUGGUGAAGGCCUACGGAGCAGGCCUGCUGUCCUCGUACGGGGAGCUGGUGCACUCUCUGUCAGAUGAGCCAGAGAGGCGUCAGUUUGACCCGGAGGCCGCGGCCUUGCAACCCUACCAGGACCAGAACUACCAGUCAGUUUACUUUGUAUCUGAGAGCUUCACGGAUGCCAAGGAGAAGCUCAGGUCAUACGUGGCCGGCAUCAAGAGGCCUUUCUCUGUGAGGUUUGACCCGUACACCUGCAGCAUCGAGGUCCUGGACAACCCGCUGAAGAUCCGUGGGGGGCUGGAGGCCGUGAGGGAUGAACUGAAGAUGCUCACUGAUGCUCUGAACAUCCUGUCCUGAUGCCCCUCAUACCUCUUCCUCCCCCAACCCCCACCCCCUGCCCCCCACCCUCUUCCUCCCCCCACCCCCUACAUGUUCUGAACUGCACGUCAUCCUCCUGUGCUUGAACGUGUCCACUGCGCUGGUACCAUGACCUGCUGCUUUUAAUGUCUGACUGUGUGUAGCAAGCUUGAGGAACCUCACGCUGGCAUUGUUUCCAAAGACGUUAAGAAGACAAUGCCUCACUAAAUGUGAUUUUAUUGAGCUGGUGAUAUACAGAAGAUAUGCUGUUUAGAUGC